GAAGAACAAGAACAAGAAUCGCACCGUUUCAUUGUGACGUAAACACAGAACCAUGAAGGUAACAUUCUAAGAACUUCGUUUUACAAUCGAUUUUCUAUCACAGCUACGAGCGAAAGACAUCGGUGAAAAUGUUCAAAGGGUGGGGAACGUGGCUGGGUAUGGAGAACACCUCGACGACAGAGGAGAGCGAAGUGGCUGACGUUGCUGUGGAGGAGAAAAUUGUUCAAGACCAAAAUGAAGUAAACAAACAACACGAACCUCCAGCAACAGAAGAACUGGGGCAGGAGGACGGAGACACCGUCCAACUCAUCUCUCAGCAAGCUAAAGGAUUCGGUGGCUUAAUAUUCAACUUUGCCAGCAAUGCUACCAAGAAGAUCUCCAACUCUGUGGCAGAGACCGCACACACCAUCAAGAAGAGCGUGGAAGAAGGGAACAUAGAUGGAAUUUUUGACAAGACUAUUUUGGGGGAUUUCAAAAAAGAACAGGACAAAUUUGUCCAAGAAAAGAAAGCUAAGAAAUCAGACACAGCUGUACCACCAUGGGUUGGCUACAGUGAGGAGGAGACCAUGCAGCAACAGAUCCUGGCUUUGUCCGCUGACAGGAGGAACUUCCUGAGAGACCCACCAGCUGGAGUUCAGUUCCAGUUCGACUCUGAGCAGAUGUAUCCUAUCGCCAUGGUGAUGCUGCAGGAAGAUGAGCUACUGAACAGGAUGCGCUUCGACCUGGUCCCCAAACAAGUGAAGGAGGAUGUGUUCUGGAGGAACUACUUCUACCGUGUGUCCCUGAUAAAGCAGUCGGCCCAGCUCACGGCCCUGGCAGCACAGCAGCAGGCUGUAGACCACAGAGAGGAGCAGAAGACCAUCAGCCCGGAGGGUGUCAGCCUCACAGAAAAUACCAUCAGACCAAAAACACCUCCAGUAUCCAUUAGUGACAUUCCCAAGAGUGGAGAGCAGGAGGAAGAGGAGAAUGAGAUCUCCACCAGCCCUGGGGUCUCUGAGUUUGUGAGCGAUGCCUUUGACUCCUGUAACAUCGACCAUGAAGACCUGAGGAAAGAGAUGGAACAGCUGGUGCUGGACAAGAAGGAGGAUGCUGCAACCCCAGAGGAGGAGACAGCGGACUGGGAGAAGGAACUCCAGGCUGAGUUACAGGAGUAUGAGGUGGUGACGGAGGCAGACAACAAAGAUGACAACUGGGAUAAAGAGAUCGAGAAGAUGCUUCAGUCGGACGAGUAGAGGUGACCGACCCGUCUUGCUUCAGUCUAGUAUCUCUGAUAUGAGAGAGAGCACCACGAAGGAUCAGAAACCAUGACCUUGUCUAGUCUAGACCAUAGAAAUAGAAUGGUAUAGAAAUGAAGGGAACCGCUGCAUACAAACCAUUAACUGUUUGUUUCAGCACACUCUAGAAUGGGAACAUCUAUGGGGUGUAUUCUGAUCUGGUGGUGGUCAGGUGUUGAAAUACUGUAUAAUAUACAUUUUCUGUCUGUACAGUUUAGUGGCUGGCUGUCAUUUUAGCUGUGAACGUUUAUGGCCGAGGAGGCAACUGACAUAUUGCAUAUUGUUAUUUUUUCUCUAUUCUGCUCUUUUCUUUUUCUGGAAUUCUUUUGCAGUUGGGAUGUGUACAUCUAUCCAAGUAAUACUUGUUUCUGUGCUACUCAAAUCCUGCUUUCAGUUUUUACCCUAAUAAAUAUACUUCUUUCCAA